AUUUUAGAUGGGUUCUCUAUCAUCCCCUUCCACGUCAAUUUCAACAACCAGCUCUCCCAAGUUAAUAUCGGAAAAGUGUUUGGUAUGCGAUCAACCUUCUCAUGGAAAUCAUUUUGGAGUUGAUAGCUGUAGAGCUUGUGCUGCCUUUUUUCGAAGAGUUUUUGUUACUCAUAAGCAGCAAUACAAAUGUAUAAAUGAACUGGAGCAGUGUGUUCCCGAUGCUCGUGGACGGUGGAAAUGCAGGAAAUGUCGAACCGAUAGGUGUUUUGAGCUUGGAAUGAGGCCCGAUAAUAUUCAGUACAAUCGAGACAUGUUUUCCUGUACAGGAGAAUUUCCAAAACAAGUUAUUUACAAGUCAACUCGAAUCAUUCCAUCAAAACCAGAAUGCAUUACGUAUUUCGACUUUUCAUCUUUACUUGAAUCAGUCGAGAACAUUUUAUCAGAGACAACACCUAAAUGUGUUCCAUUUCAAUGUCAGACUCCUCUUCAACGUCUUGCAUUUGGAUUGAAAGAAAUCAGAAAAACACAACUUUGGGAUAAUAUCCCAGUUAUCAACUGUAUUGGAAAAGAAGAAACGUUCGAAAAUUGGAAAGUACAAAUAGAACGAACAACUACAUGGUUAUCUUAUAUGGAUCAAUACCGAGAUUUGAACUUCGAUGACAAAAUGACAAUAGUUCAGUGCAUGUGGUUUCCAUUCGCAAGAUUAGAAAGAUGUGGAAUGACUGCGAAGCUUCGAAAGGCAAAUAAAUGCCAGAAAAAUGAUUAUGCGUUCAAAUCGGACAGUCUUGUGAAUACUCAGACUGUCAAAUUUGAUUUCGAUUGGCUCUCACACCUCUCCAAUGCUCAAAUGAAGGCAUUUUUAGGCGAUCCUUCCGAAAUGUUAUGUGAAGGGCUAACAGAGUGCAUGAUGGAAAUACAGCCCACAGAUGAAGAACUUUGUUAUAUUCUUUGUGAACUAUGUUUUCAUCAUCUUGGAAGAAAAUUAGGUGGUCCGAUGCAAGAAACCAUGGAACGAUUUCUAAAAAUACUCUCCGACAACUUGCACGUCUACUAUUUUGAACAAGAUAGAAUGUCACGAUAUUCGCAUAGACUUUUGAAAAUUUUAAAGAUAAACGAAAAGUAUAAAACCAUAAUGGGGGAAAAACGAAAGAUAGUCUUUCUUGGAUACCUAUUUGAUGCCUUUCGAAUUAAGUAUUCUCAUCCGGAUUUCUUUCGAUUUCAAAGCUUUGAAUAAAGUACAUGAACUUUUUAAAUUCAUUGCGGAAAAUAAAUGUCUUGAAUUA